CAGAACACCGCAGCAAACAGACGAAAACAGCCCUGUCUGCGGAGGAGGACUGUCCGUCUGCCUGGGAAAAGUUGUCAGAGUCUGAAGGAGUCUGCGAGGUCUGGACGUGAUGGUGUGAGGACUCUGUAGAACCGCAGGAGUUGGCGAUUUUAGGCGGAAAAAUGCGGGUUUUUCUCCCGCUGCUGUGCGUCCUGUGCGUCCCACAGGUCCGAGGAGUGAUCGACGGAACCUGCCCCAGAAAAGACCCUCCCCCUGGUGUACUGGCUUUACUUCCAGGCAGUAAAUUGGUUCUGACCUGCAGUGGCCAUGUGAGUGUGGACGGAGUAAAGGUCAACGUGGCCAAAAACAUCCCAAACAGCAACACAAAGGUGGGGUCUUUGGCCACAACUCCAGCAAAUAGUCUGGGCCAUGCAACAGUUUCAGUGAGAUCAGACAGACACGUUACAGGGAACGGUGUAAGCCAUGGAUACCUCACUCCACCUGCUGAAACACAAGCUGGUCAUGUGACAGAAGAAAAGCAAAGCCUUCGAUUUACAGAAUCCACAUCCCCUAAUACUCAAACAGUCCAGUCCACCAGUGUGAGCAGUCCACCAAGUGUUAAACCUGACCACGAGGCUGAAGACAUGGACUAUGAUGAUGACUAUGAGGAAGAUGAGUGGGAAGGUGUCAGCAGGGUAACAAGGGGUGUAAAGUCAAAGCCUGAGUGGAAGCAGAAUGGGAGGAUGGUUGGAAAAGGGGCUGCACUAACUCUGGACUCUGUGAGCCUGGAGGAUUCUGGGAGAUACACCUGCCAUCACAGAGGCAAAGUCAGGUUCUCUGUUAAAGUGACCGUUGCAGAUCCUCCUGAGAAUCCACAUUUGAACUGUUACAAAACGUCACCCAGCAGGAAGAUUCGCUGUGAGUGGACGCCUCAGAAGCUCCUGACGAAAGGAACCAGCUGUUAUCUCUUACUCAGGAAAAGCUUAUCCGAUACCUUUCUUCCUGUGCCAUGCUCCGCUCAGCAGUCUCGCUGCUGGUGCGCUCUGGACCACAACGAGGACGAGAUGAGAACCUAUCACAGAGCGUACCUCUGUGUUACAGGCAUCACGGGGAAUGCCACCAGUGACCUGCUGUACUUCACACCUCUGGAAAUUUUGAAGCCGGAUCCUCCGUCCAAUGUGUCCGUUCAAGAGGUGGUGGGACACAACAGGACACUGAUAGUCACCUGGGAGCCUCCAAGCUCCUGGAAGUAUCAAGACAGAUAUUAUAAACUCAUAUAUGAGAUCAAAUACAAACCCUCCAAUUCCACCUUUUUUCAGAGAAAGCUGAUCAAUGACUGGCACAACAUUCACAGCAUCACAGACGCAAUGACUGAAUUUGAGAACGAGAUACAAGUCAGGACGAAAGAAGAAUAUGAUGGUUACUGGAGCGAAUGGAGUAAACCUGUGUAUGGAAGCACCUGGAAAGCCAUGAAGGAAGACAUGAAUGAAGAUCUGUUGAAGACACCAUUUACAGAUCUGGAUGAUGACGGCUCUGGUGAAGAAGACAGUCCUGAUAACUCUGUAUCUGAGACAGAGUCAUCAAACACUGUGUCACUUCACAUCCUAUGGAUCUCUACUGCAUUGACUCUUGUGUUUCUUGGCAUACUGGCCACAUACAUAUUCAGCCACAGGAACCGAUUUAUGUCCAAACUCCAGAGUCUAAAUAUUAUCUCUCAGUUCAGAGACUCAUCACAGACUCAUCCCUCAGCCCCAGCAGCACCUGAAGGCCAGGCUUUGAUGACCUUUGCCCCUCCACAUAACACAGAACAGCCAUCAAAUGAUGUGCAAGAAGAAAACGGGGAAGAAAACAGAAUGAAACAAAUGACAGAAACCAUGAACUUCAAUAACACAAGUUAUUUCUUGGUCCUGAGAGAAUGAUGAUGCAAAGGUGAAGAAGCUAAACACCAGUGAAUGCAAUGCUAUUUUUGUUAUUGUGUUGUUUGAGGGCCAGUGGAAAAUGGCACAGUCAGGAACAGUUUGUAUAAUCUAAGUUUAUUUCCAUUGCUAUAGAAAUGCUGUAAGUGGUUAACCUAUUGCAUGUUCCUUGAAAAAAGGCCUUUAUUUAACUCUGAACUCUGGUGUCGGUAUUGGUAACUGAAGCUUUUUUUUCUUUAACCUCUGGCACUUUGCUGGUUACCUUUGUUUUUUAUUUCAGGUCACUGGAAUUGAACUGUUUAAAUUUGAAUGAAAAUGGGGAAAUGGGGGUAUUAAAGUCUCUAAUGUAUCUCAAACUUAAAAAUACCUCAAAAAUGUGUUGUGUUGCUGAUGAAGUAGUUGUGAAAGUGCUCUCUUUUAUAUUUCUGUCUUAAACAAUGAUCUAAGUGUUUUGGACUCACUGUUUGUAUAUAAUUUUGCUGAAAUAGACUGCAUACCUCUCUCACUUCCAGUUUUUGUAUUUAUUUAUUUAUUUUUUUUUUUUUACCAAGGUUCGAAAGGGCUCA